AUGACUCUCUUCAUAAUCUUGGGGAUUUGCCUUUCUUGUUUGAGUCUUCUUUUCCUAUGGAAUCAGCACCAUGGCAAAGGGAAGCUCCCACCUGGACCCACUCCUUUUCCAGUUGUUGGAAAUAUUUUGCAAAUGGAUAUUAAAAAUAUCAUCAAGUCUCUGAACAUGCUAGCGGAAGAGUAUGACCCUGUAUUCACCGUGUAUCUGGGCAUGAAGCCCACAGUGGUGCUGCAUGGAUAUGAAGUACUGAAGGAAGCUCUGAUUGACCGGGGAGAUGAGUUUUCUGGCAAAAUGCAAUCAUCGUUACUCAGUAAAGUCAGGCAAGGGUUAGGAAUCAUUUUCAGCAAUGGAGAAAUAUGGAAGCAAACACGGCGUUUCUCCCUCACAGUCUUACGGUCUAUGGGGAUGGGAAAGAAAACUAUUGAAGACCGAAUUAAGCAGGAAGCACUUUGUCUGGUGAAAGCAUUGAGAAAAACCAAUGGGUCUCCCUGUGACCCAAACUUCCUUCUGGCCUGUGUUCCCUGCAAUGUGAUCUGUGCUGUCAUUUUCCAGCAUCGUUUUGACUAUAAUGAUGACACUUUCAGAGGCUUCAUGAAGAAUUUUCAAAGAAAUACUGAAAUUUUAAAUUCUCCUUGGAUUCAGCUGUGCUGUGCAUACCCUGUUUUAUACCAUCUCCCAGGAAUCCAUAAUAAAUACUUUAAAAUUUGUACUGAAAUAAAAGAGUUCAUUUUGAAGGAAAUAAAAAGGCAUCAAGAAACUCUGAACCUCAGUAGCCCUCGUGACUUUAUUGACCACUUCCUGAUUAAAAUGGAAAAGGAUCAAAAUUCUGAAUUUACUAUUGAAAACCUGGCCAUCACCAUAUUUGAUCUAUUUUCUGCAGGAACAGAGACAAUGAGUACCACAAUGAAAUAUGGGCUUUUGUUCCUGCUGAAGCACCCAGAGGUCACAGCUAAAAUUCAGGAAGAAAUUGAACAAGUGAUUGGCAGACAUCAGAGCCCUUGUAUGCAGGACAAGAACCACAUGCCCUACACAAAUGCUGUGCUGCAUGAGAUUCAGAGAUGCAUCGAUCUUGUUCCCAUUCCCUUGCCUCGUGAAACAACACAGGAUGUGGAGUUCAGAGGAUACCACAUUCCCAAGGGCACAAGUGUAAUAACCUGUCUGACUUCUGCCCUGAAUGAUAACAAAGAAUUUCCCCACCCAGAGAAGUUUGACCCUGGCCACUUUCUAGAUGAGAGAGGCAAUUUCAAGAAGAGUGACUACUUCAUGGCUUUCUCAGCAGGCAAGCAAACUUUGUUUCCACGUGUGUUAGGGCCCAGGUGA